UCCAAUCACAAAUUGAAUCAAAAAAUACAUUUUUAAACCAUUUAUUUAUUUAUCAAAAAAAAUGGGGCGCGACACUCUGUUUCAAGGAAGGCCUCUUAAUAAGGGUACCAUUAUCUUCUUGACUUGGCCGGACUCUACCAAAAUGCUUGUUUCUGUAUCGAGUGAUGGGUUGCCUUCUGGUGUUGAUGCAACUCCUGAGUCAACAAAUGUGAUAUCAGCUCUUUUUGAUGUAUUUCCGGGAAGUGAUUCAGUUUCUCCUACUCUUAAGGCUUCAGUGACCAGUGGAUUGACAGCAUUGCUGAAUGGCUGAAGUAAAGAAAACAAGAGAGAUUUUCUGCUCAGUUGUUUUAAUUCCUGACACUCAAUGUUCAUCAUAGCUUUCUACAUGAAUGAACUGCUCUAAAUCUUGUUUUGUACACUAUGAACACUUUGGAAAGAGCAUUGCUCCACUAAUCUAAUAACCAGAAGUAAGAACCCUCCACUAAAA